CACAGCUUGGAUUUAUACACUCCACCCACGAAUCUCCCAAUUACCUCUCCACUUCCACCUACCAAUAUGGAGCAAGAGACACGCCUUGCCGAGCUACUGGCCGGUACUCACUCCCCUCACGAGACCACCCGCAGCUCCGCCGAAGCCCAACUCCAGCAAUUAUAUUCCAACGAUGCCUUCCCCAUGGGCCUCGUGUCGCUGGCUUCGCACAACUCCUUCCCGGUGUCCGUCCGGCAAUCGGCCCUGCUCUACCUAAAGACCUUCGUGCUCGGGUCCUGGACGUCACAGUUCGACGAAUUCAAAGGCGAGGUGCUCGUGAGCCCGGAAAACAAAGAGCAGAUUCGCCAGGCGAUCUUGCACCUUGCCACGGGGCUGGAGGAGGAGAGGAAGAUCAAGACCGCGGCCAGUCUCGUCGUCAGUCGGAUCGCGCAGUCGGAUUUCCCCGAGGAGUGGCCCGGUCUGCUGGACAGUCUGUUGCACACCAUCCAGACCGGUUCCGACGCCCAACUCCACGGCGCCCUCCGAGUGAUGGGCGACCUGGUGGACGAUUGCUUGAACGAGGAGCAGUUUUUCCGCGUCGCCCCCGACCUCGUGCAGGCGAUCUAUAAUGUUGCCGUCAACGAAUCCCGGAAAACUACCCUCCGAGCGCUGGCGGUGAAUGUGUUCCGGGCCUGCUUUGACAUCCUGGAGAUGGUGGUGGAGGACCAUAAGGCAGCGGUCAAGGCGUUCGCGGACGAGACGCUAAGAGUGUGGAUACCGUUCUUCUUGGACACCCUGCGCAAGCAGUUGCCUCUACCGCCCGCCAAUGAGGAGGGGAAGGAUUCCGUGGCCUUCGAGGCAUAUCGAGGAUUCGUAGCUCUGAAGCUCCAAGUCGUAAAAGUCUUAAUGCGCGUACGAUCCGUUUUCCCUUCAAACCUCGCCCCCCACAGUCCGACGCUAUUCUCCUCCGUGUGGGAAGAGCUCAACGUCCUUCAGUCUUCCUACAGCUCCAUGUACAUCGAAAACGAACACCAGAGUCGGCUAGAAGAUGCGGACAACCUUCCAUACACCCUCGACUUCUUAGUCCUCGAAGAUCUAGACUUCAUGCAAGCCUGUCUUCGAGCGCAACCUGUCAAGAAAGAGCUAGAGAAGAGGCUUUUCGAAGGCGGUGAAGGGACGAACUGGUUGAUCGAAGUCGUGAAGCUAGCCGUCGAGUAUGCACAGAUCACAACCGAGGAAGAGGGCAUGUGGAACCUCGACGUGAACGUGUUCCUCUCUGAAGAGACGAGCGUCACUGCAAAUUACACUCCUCGAACGGCAUGCGGUGACCUCGUCAUCAAAUUGGGUGAAUGGCAGACGAACGCUACCGUCGAGGGGCUCCUGUCGCGUACGAGGUCAUUAUACUCCAGCGGUCACAGCUGGAAAGGGAAGGAAGCGGCUCUCUACAUCUUGAAUCAACUCCUCAUCGACUUCCAGGAUACGAAUAAAAACAUCGGUUCCUCGGCAGCCACCGGGUUUGUUGAUUUCAUUCGGCAUGCCAUGGGCGAGUCCGAGGAGUUUCUGCGGGCCAGAGGCUACUUGGUCGCCGGCAGUUUGAUCCGUGCAUCGGGAGAGACUCUUUAUGAGGUGCGUCCUUCGUUUAUGGAGAUGACGAUGCACGCGAUGGCACACGACUCGUCGGAGCUCGUCAAGGUCUCUUGCAUCCGGGCAUUGCAGUGCUACCUUUCAAGUGUUUCUGGCGACUCAAUUGUCCCUGUCCAAAACGCCAUCGUCUCGGCUAUAUCCGACUACUAUUCCUCGCAAGAUUUCCAAGAGCUGGCCGAGGGAGAAGAUAUCAUGGUCACAAUCGUGGAGACGCUCCGCGACACGAUCACCCUGGACGCGAGAACCUGUGUCCAUGGCACUGGGUUGGAUCUUCUCUUUUCUAUCGCCAGUCACGGAGCGAGCAACUAUAAUGUCACAAUCUUGGUGGAGGAGACGUUCGUGGAUAUUGUCGAUAGCAUAUCCAGGGUGGGUGGAGAAGCUUACGUCCAGCUCUGCGGUAAAGUCCUUCCGUCCCUAAUGGCAGCGAUCGAUAUCGGCAACCUGACCGAAGAGAAUGCUCUCACAAACCUCGCGUCCAACCUCCUCAACAUCCUGACGGAGCAAGGCUCCGAACCAUUACCCCAAGGCUUUGUUGCGACAGUCAUGCCGAAACUCAACCGACUCCUCCUCAACUCCUCCGAUGAAGAGCUUCUGCGUUCCGCAACGUCCGCGGUCAAGAACAUGCUCAUUCACGACUACAAGCAAGUCUUUGAAUUCCGAGACGAGUCGAACAAAGGCGGCCUUGAGGUCGUGCUCAUCAUCAUUGACCGCCUGCUCAGCCCAUCGGUCGACGAGAACGCCGCCGAAGAGGUCGGCGGCAUGGCUGCAGAGGUGGUCGAAAAGGCGGGCGCGGAAAGGCUCGGUCCCUAUCUUAUGCAGUUGCUUCGGGCAGUCGCGAUUCGCCUUGGAAGUGCAACGAAGACGCAGUUCAUGCAAAGUUUGAUCCUCGUCUUCGCCCGCCUAUCGUUACAGAACGCACAGGACGUUGUCGAGUUCCUCGCCCAGGUGGAGAUUGGCGGGGAGAACGGACUGCAGGUGGUGAUGAGUAGAUGGCUGGAGAAUUCGGUCAAUUUCACCGGUUACGACGAGAUCCGGCAGAAUGUCAUCGCUCUCUCGAAGCUGUAUAACCUCAACGAUCCUCGAUUGUCGCAGCAAAUCACGGUCAAGGGCGAUCUCAUCGUCGAUCCCCAAAGCGACCGUAUCAUGACGCGAUCCAGAGCCCGGAAAAACCCCGAUCAAUUUACGAUCAUUCCAGCGCAAUUCAAGAUUAUCAAAGUGCUGGUUGAAGAGCUCUCCUCUGCCAGUGGGGGCCAUCAGGCUCUUGACUCGUCCACACUAGCAAAUCUCGACGAAGCCGGUUCAGAUGAUGAUGAAUGGGAAGAUGAGCCUGACACACUUGAUCUGGGAGCCGGUAUGACGAAAGAAGAGUUGAUGCGGUUUGGCGACGAUUCGGUUGGUCGCGUCCGUGACGAUCAAACGCAGGCCUACCUCACGCAAUUCUUCCGAGAGGUUGCCAGCAAACCCGGAUUCACAGAAGCAUUCAACGCCCUCACUCCCGAGGAGCAGGACAAACUUCGGUCUUGCAGUUGAAUGCUAGCACAGAGGAAUAGAUGUAGAAUACGUAGUCUAAAGUCGUCACACGGGUCUGAAGAAUUGGAUACUAGUUGUGUGGCGCUGCAUUGCAUGGAGCGAAAACAACAGGAUAUGCGGAACUAGCGGUGCUGCAGUCUGUGUUGCACUGUCAAUAGUGGAGACUAGAUCAAAAUCCGAUUCGACUCUCCAGCUUCGAGAUUCGCGGUGGGUAUUGCAUCACUUUGCGAGCGACAUUGGGUAGAAGUGUGAA